UCAUGCGCGGUCAUAUUUGACCCUUGACCCCUCAAGGACUUCCUUUUUCCUCUUCCGGGGACGGCAUCUAGAGGCAUUCAGGAUGGUGCAGCGCCUGACGUACCGCCGUAGGCUGUCCUACAAUACAGCCUCUAACAAAACCAGGCUGUCCCGAACCCCUGGUAAUAGAAUUGUUUACCUUUACACCAAGAAGGUUGGGAAAGCACCAAAAUCCGCAUGUGGUGUGUGCCCAGGCCGACUUAGAGGCGUUCGUGCUGUGAGACCUAAAGUUCUCAUGAGGUUGUCUAAAACGAAGAAACACGUCAGCCGAGCCUAUGGUGGUUCCAUGUGUGCUAAAUGUGUCCGCGACAGUAUUUUCUUUUCUAGAAUCAAGCGUGCUUUCCUUAUUGAAGAGCAGAAGAUCGUUGUGAAAGUAUUGAAAGCACAAGCACAGAGUCAGAAAGCUAAAUAAAAAAUGAACCAUUUUUGAGUAAUAAAUCAAAACGCCUCAUUCUA